CAAGCAAUCGACGGUUCGUCGGUUGGGCUGCAGCAGCUGCACCAAGAGGAAGAUCGUCACGACCUCAAUAACACCCUCCAUCAAGCAUCAAAACUGGAGUCGGAUAUCAUAUCUCGCGCCCAAUCGCCUCCUCCCCAGCAUCCCACUUUCGAGCCCUCAGCCUCGAGGCCUGCCUCUCCUUGUCCUCCGCCUUUCUCGUCCCUUUAUACCUCGACCGCUGAAGUCGUCGAAGCAUACAAGACCGCAGUCACAGAAGCUGGCGCAUCAGGGUCCGUACCAGCAUACGCGCCUGUUGCGAGCGGAGCACACCUAGGUUCUAGCUCCCGAGAAGAUAGUAACGUUGUUGCCGAGACCAAAGCAGCUCUCCCCCAAGAUACCAAAGGAGAAUCUUCCAAAAAGGACGACGACGCAGAACCGCCGCCGGCAUAUUCAGAGGGUUCUAGCCCACUCAAUUCUUUCACAUAUCUGAUGGCGGCCGCUGGAGGAGCUGCGAGUAUCAUUACUCAGGUCCAGCAAGGUGGCGCACCACCAAUAAAUACCUUAGGAGGCAUGUAAAUAUUCUGCCAUGGAGAUUGUACAACCAGCUAACGAGCUCAAAAGAUGUCGGCGCAGAUGAAAACAUUACUAUGGACCUUCGGUAUGGAUAUGCUGCCAUUACACUCACGCACACACGCCCUGCUAAUACAUAGACUUAGGGGCCAACGAUUUACACUCUCUCGCGAUGAACUCUUGACUCUACCCGAAUUUGUCCUUUUGUCGCUCUUUCCAAAUGGUCUCCUACCAGAUGGACAUCUGAACACUUUCCAAGAGGGUGAUGCCUUCCAAGUCGAUGUCCGUCCAGCCAAACCAUCCAUUCGCGAUUUGCUUCGUAAUCCUAAUUUUCAUCUUGCUAACCUGACUUUGCAGUACGAUCCAGCUUCCCUUCAGUACAUGCUUGAAUUCUUCCGUAAUAUCGCUCAAACUAUCCCAUCCGGUUCCAACUCGCCGUCGACGGGUCCCGAGGCGGAUGCGAUACCUAAUGAGCCCAUGGCUAGUUCUGCAAGAGAGAUGCUGCAGGAUCGCGCAGGAAUAAUUGUACUAAGGGAGGAUCUAGAUUUCUAUGUUAUUCCUCCAAGAGCAGACAUUGAGCAGAAGGAGAUGAUUGAUAUCAAGAGAGCAGCAGGGAAAGCCUUGUUGAAGCAGGAUGGCAUAUUCUCCGGGCUGAGAAGGAGUGAAGAGACAGGGACUACAGAACAACAUUUAAUUGAGAUGUUGACUGCUGGGUUUGUUUAUGCUAGAUUUUCAGGUUGAGAUGAUACUAACGAUAUGUAGAGGAUUCAACCACGAGGACCACUGGGGUCAUCGCGCAAAUGAACUAAACAAAGCGGUAAUCUGCUCUCUUGCUCUCGCAAGAUUACGAACCGACAUUAGAGGCGCAGAAAUGGGGUCCAACGCAGUAGGAAUGGCACAAAAGCUUCUUUUGUUCUGGCGGAAACCAGCAAGAAGAUGUUGGUGGGAGGGAGUAGAACUCAAUAAUGUGGAAGGAGUGGAUGGGAAACUGAAGGUUUGGAUUAGGAGAGUGUGGACUCUAGAGAUGAGUGUUAUUGGGUUGCGUUAAAGAGGGCAAUUGUGUUUAAUUUCUUUUCUUUUUUGUUUUUUCCUUUGCUUAGUGUAUGUUGUUUAAGAGCUCUUUUUUUUCCUUCUUCCUCCUUUGAUCUUCUGAGAAUGAGCAGAGAGUUUUGGUUUGAUAUUGUUUUACAGCACCCC